AUGGCCAAGAUAGAGGAAAAAUUGGACAGGAUACUAAAUCCUGUCAUAACACCUCAAGAUUCAUCUGUCAAUGUCGUUAACAAUGACGACGAAGUCCAGGAAUUCGUAGACGAGAUUGUAAAUGAGGAGGGAUCCGUCGAAAUACUCAUGAACUUGAAAUGCCCUACUUUAGGCGCUUUUAGGUGGUACAAAGACAUGUAUUUCAACAAAGUUCUCAUUAGAACAAACAGUUCAUUGGAAUUCUGGAAAGAGAAUUUUGUCAAUGGACUACCAAAAUACUUCUCAAGGAGGAUCAAAGACGGUCUUAAGACAAAGUAUAAUGGAACCAUUCCGUGGCAAACUUUUUCAUAUGAAUCCAUAGUAUCCUUCAUCAUAGAAGGACUCAGACUUUGUAAUGAGUCAAAGAUUCAAAACAAGCUUAGUUCUUCGAUAUCAGACAAAAAAGAGCUUGGACGAUUUUGCGACCAAUAUGGAUGCAAGGGGAUAAAAGCUCCCUCAACCUCCAGAAGAAAGAAGGUUAAAACGUAUCAAAAGCCUUAUAAUUCAUACAGGCCUAGAGAAAAGUAUCGGAGUAAACCCAUGCAAUCUCAAAAGCCAACGUAUUCAAAGAAGAGGUAUACUCCUACAAAAACCCAUAGAGGAAAGAAAAGGCAAGCUUGCUUCAAAUGUCGAGAAGAAGGACACUAUGCUAAUAAAUGUCCGAUCAAAGGAAAGAUCAAUGAGUUGGAUAUUGAUCAAGAGCUGAAGGAUCAGCUACUAUGA